AUGGAAUCCACUCACGAUGGCAGUAUGACUCAGGAUGCGGUGUCACUGAAUAAUGGGUCCUAUGAUGACAGUAAUCGAGAAUUGCGCUCCGAAACCCCUCCGACCCAACACCGUCGGGGAUAUCAGGCUUGCGAUCCGUGUCGCAAACGAAAAGUCAAGUGCGACUUAGGAAGUGUCGAUAACCCCCGACCGCCGCCAUGUGUAAGAUGCCGCCGUGAAAGUAAGCGCUGCGAAUUCUCCGCGACCAGGAGAAAGCGCAAGACCUCAGAUGCCGCCGAACCGGAGCAAGAACCCCCCUUGCGACGCGACAAACGUAUGAUGGUAGGGGAAGUGCUAUAUGGCGAGUCAUCAUCAAGUGUAGGCAGCAACGGCAAGAGAGAACCCUCGUUCGGCCCGCCGGCACCGGCACCUUUUGACAAUGGGAAUCUACACAAAUAUACUUGGCCAGAGAACUCGCCUCACACCGUUCCACAAGCAUCGCCUGUCGUCCAGAAAGAUCACCACCAGCCUAGUCCUGUCUCGGCAAACCACUAUCAUGACGGAAGGAGCAUACAAUCCAGUGCGUAUCCGUCACAACACAGCCGAGGACUACCAGGAUCGGAAAUAAGACAACAUGUCAUGAAUAAGACCGCUGCAGAUUUACUGUUUCCGACCAUAAGUAACAGCCACGAUGCGCUUCAUCUACUGUCAGAAGCUGCUGGGCGGACAGAAGAUCUCAACCGCCAAAGGCUCGAGAAUAAAGCACGACAGUCGGGAGGCUCCUACGCCGCUCAUAUGUCGGCAGCCUCUUCCACGAUGCCUAGAAACCCACACCACCCGUACCCGAAACGGUCAAAUCAAAUGUCAGCAGAUGGGUAUAGCGACACCAGCGCUGACUAUCGGAAGCAGAACUUUGAGACAUACAACGACCCUGGCUAUCUGGAUGCCGUCAAGGCUUGGUCGCGUCUUCGAUUCGUUCGGGCCGGAUGGCUCAGCGUCGAAGAGGCCAUGGCUUAUAUUGCCUACUACUAUAAGCAUCUCGCGCCACUAAGUCCAAUUGUCAUUCCGGAUUUUUCUCCUCCUUCUACUCACCGUACAUUGCUCACAGAUGAGCCUGUAUUAGCAGUGACAAUGCUGACGACAGCCUCACGCCAUAUGAAGCCAAAAGGUGACGGGGCUCACACUCGAGGCUACUACAUACAUGACAGGCUCUGGGCUUACCUUCGCGGUAUGAUCGAGCGUCUUUUCUGGGGCCAAGAGAAGUUCACUGGAAACUCAGUUGGGAUGGGCACACCGCGAUCUCUCGACAUUCCGCUACCGGCCCAAGGUCAAGCAUCGCUGCGUGGACAUCUUCGAUCUUUGGGCACCGUAGAGGCACUUUUGAUUUUAACAGAAUGGCAUCCACGUAAUCUACACUUCCCUCCAGGUGACGAUGAGAACACUUUGCUAGAUGCAGAUGCGCUCUUACCUUCUCGCAAUGACGGGGAUACUGACAGCCGAGGUCUGAAUGGCAGUGGUGUCGAAGGACGUUUUGCUUUUCAGAAAUGGCUAGAACCUACAUGGCGAUCAGAUCGUAUGUCGUGGAUGUUACUGAGUACUGCACAAGCCCUGGCAUUCGAACUUGGUGUCUUUGAUCAAAAAGCACCUAGUGCUCUAGAGUCUGUUGCUGAACAAGUGCGCAAGCGACGGGUUCGACGGCUCAUCAUUGUGUACAUCACACAAGGAAGCGGGAGACUUGGUAUACCAUCAAUGUUGCCGCUUGAUAGGUGGAGUGAUGAUAUUGAACCCACUACGCCUGCUGAUGCUUCGGAGGCAGAGGUUACAAUUGACCGAAUGCAAGAUCUCUGGGUGCAAAUAUCCAAAAUCAUGUCGUUGAGCAAUACGGAUCUUUUCCCGUCCAAGGAAUACACAUCGGAACUCAUCAAAACUGGGCGUUACAAGCAACAAAUUGCCGAAUUUCUCCCGCAUCUCCAAAAAUUCAGGGCUUAUUAUGAUAGCGUUGCUUUGUCUCCUCAAAUGCAGAAUAUUCUUACCAUUGAAUAUGAAUAUACUCGCAUCUACGUCAAUUGUCUCGCAUUGCAAGCAGUGGUGGAACGAUGGACUACCAUCAACAAUGAACCUUCCAGUAAAUCAUCAGCGGCGAGCUCUCUUCGCGUGCUCAUGGAGAUCUAUCGAGUCAAUGAAAAAUACAUCCAGGAGGUAGUCGAUGCUUCGCGAAAGAUACUCCACAUUGUCUUGGACUGUCUCGUCCCAGACGAUCAAUUAAAGCAUUGCCCCGUACGGACAUUUUUUAGGAUACUUUCGGCAAUGAUUUUUAUCCUCAAGACCUUCACACUUGGUGCCACGGAAGAUGACGUCCGUGUAUCAUUAGACCUGCAAGAUCGAACAAUAGAAGCCCUCCGGACCUGCGUGGUUGAUGACGUUCACCUCAGCAACACCAUAUCACGAUUAUUAGAGCUUUUGACAGMAAAUAUUCGUACAAGAUUCCUAAGAUUUGCGCCAACGGAUCGAGGUGCUGAUAGCGAAAGCCACGAACGGAGCUCUCAGCCAAGCUCACGGGUAGCUUCGCCUCGACCGGCAAAGGACAAUAACUCUUCACGCAGAGACUCGGGUGCACACUGGCAACAUCAGAUCCCGACACCUACCCAUAAUAAUCAUAAAAUUGGGUAUCAAUUCAGUCAACAUACAGGUGAAUCACAGCCGCAGCAACCCAUCGGAAGCCAUCAUGAUCCCUUGGCCGGCAUUCCAGCUCAGCCUAUUAAUUCAUCCAAUAUCGGCGUAUCAUUCAUGCCCCCUCCUCCCUCAGUAUACUAUAACUACUACGGUGCCAAUGGCCCUUCCCCUCCAAAGCUCGACGACUCCAACUCGAUUGCCCAAUCUGUCCACGAAGGCGGUCUUCCAGAUUGGUUUGCGUUACCUUUGGAUCAAUUCUUCAAUAGCUCUGCUACCGGUGUCGAUCAAGGUCUAGGAGGUACUGGUCCCAUGCUUGGGGAAUUCGACAUGCUAGAAGUCCUUCUCAACGAACAACUUGACAAGGACGGUAAUGUUACCGGUCCUUCUGCGGGCAAUGGCGUGGACAGUAUCGAUGCCACCCCGGCACCGAGGAAUCAGCAUCAGCAUCAUCCAUUCAUGUGA